UCAUCCGAAGGUCCGUGCCGCUUUGCCUACAACCAGUUCCUCGAGAGAUAACUUGUCUUUCAAAAAUGGGUGUUGAAAUGAUACCUGCCUCAAAUUCCCAUGGCUGCGCUGCAAGACAAGAAAGUCAUCAUCAUUGGGGGCGCCGUUGCCGGACUCAGCACUAGUCUUCACCUCGCUCGCUCUGGAGUCGAUGUUACCGUGCUUGACUACCAGCCUUACGAAGCGAACGGGUGCGCGCCAUCCAAAGGGUGCGAUGCUCCGUCGGCAGAUGUGAACAAAGUCUUUCGUUGCUGGUAUGGCAACCAAACGGAAUACCAGCAUCUCGCGUUCGCGGCAAGGGAAGAAUGGUUCCAGUGGAACAAGGAUCUCGCAGCGACACCUGCUGAAGACCUCCCACCCUCGCUGACCCCAAACACGCAAUUGCUGUAUCUGUCUGGCGUCCUUCGUCUUCCUUCAACGGAGUCUUCACCUAGUAUCAGCAAGUUCGAUCAGGAUAGCCUGGCAACACUUACACCUGAGCAAAGGAGUCACGCAUAUAUUUUAUCAGAGGGCGGUGAUCUCGGAGGAGAAGGCAGGAGAGUGCGCGCAGUCAACUGGAAUGGGGAUGGCUUGCUAGAUUUGAACGGCGGUUUCACUAGAGCUGAUAAAGCUUGUGCGUAUGCAAAAUACCUUGCUGGUAAAGCAGGCGUCAAGUUUAUUUUUGGUCCAGAGAAAGGCAAGGUCGUCGAGAUCAUCACGGAGGACAAGGACGGCGAGAAGAAAGCUACAGGCGUCAAGACGAAGGAUGGCGUCGUUCACACCGGCGAUCUUAUCAUUGUUGCAGCAGGAGGCUGGACGCCGUCACUCCUCCCAGCAACCGUCGAUCGUCUCGAGACCACCGCUGGGUCCGUUAUGCUCUAUCAGUUCCCUCCCAAAGAACAGGACCCCGAACUUUGGUCCAAGUACUCCCCCGAGAACUUCCUCGUCUGGGCAUGGGGACUUAGCGACGCUAGCCCUAUUGGCAACGUUUAUGGCUUUCCGAUUACCGAAGAUGGACUAUUUAAAGUGGGAUAUCGCGGUUUGAAGUAUACCAACUUCGCCGAUCAUCCAUCUGAGCCUGGGCUGCGCAUCUCCGUGCCCAAGACGAAGUAUACUGAAGUCAAAGAGACACGGAUACCACUCGUCGCAGUAGAGCUGAUCAAGGAUACGCUACGCAAGCUGUUUCCUGAUAUCGCCGAAAAGGCGACGGUUGCGAGCACGCGUCUGUGCUGGUACUGCGAUAGCCUCGACAACAACUUCCUGAUCGAUUACGUGCCAGGGUAUGGGAAAAGCUUGUUUGUCGUGAGUGGUGGGAGCGGUCAUAUGUUUAAAUUCCUGCCGAAUCUUGGGGGGAAAGUCAUUGAUGCGCUUUUGGAGAAGGGGACGGAGUAUACGAAGCUAUGGACAUGGCCUCAGUCGGAUAAGGAGAGGAUUCCGUGGAUUGAGAAGACGAAUGGCUUGGAAGAGGGAGAGCUGGGACCACGGGUGUUACGGAAAGUGGUACUCGCGGAGGAGCAAGACUUGGCCAGUUGAUAUCAUUGAAAUUGGUGCUCAAAAUUGUGACAGUACAAGGAAUAUUUAUGUCUGUGCCAAAUCUCUUAAUGCUUCAGUCGAUAAACUUCGCCUGAAGUAGGUUUGUACUCUGCGUUCUAGUAGCAGUCCGCUUCUUAUUUUGGUUCCGAAGUGCCGACCUGAAUAAGAUCAGUCUCAAUUAUUUUUCAGGACUGGGAAGACCACGAGUCUUCAAACAGCAACAGCAUAUGUUUCCUACCACCUACAAGUUUAGAGUUUCAUGAUGAUACAAGUAGACCUGUCAAUCUCUUCUGUUUCCAUGUCCCUAGCUCACUUCUUUUGAAGAAUGUGAUAU